AUUUGACAUUCAGGUGACAGUAAAAAAAGAUAAAAGAAUAAACAAACAUUGACAAACAUGGCGAACGAGUUUGAUGGGAUCGACGAAGAUUUAGAAAAUUUAAAGGCCUUAGUAAGGAAAUCUUUUGCGCGUAUAUAUGCAACAUUAAAAGCAAGGGAAUUGAAAACUUUAAGACAAAUUGAUGUUAUUCGUAAACAAUGCCAAGGAAACCAAGAUAUAACACGGAAUUGUGUGCAAAACAUUCAAAUAAAUUAUGACAACGAAACAACAUUAUUAGAUAAUAUAAGAAAAUACGGCGCCGUUGAAUUUGAUAAACUUAAUUUUGAUAAUAGUACUUUUAUAAUUGAAGAUUAUGUGAGUCCUGAUGAUGAUCAUAUGUAUUCCUAUAAAACAAUCGAAGAUGUGACUAACGGAGAGGAUAUUAAAGAUUUGGAAACAAUAGAAGAGGCUGCAUUAAAGGAAAUCACUGAAACUGAAGACUGUGUAUGCUUUGUUAAUAUUAGAUCUGAGGAUGUGGCAAAGAAAUUUCGUGAUGUAGAGCCUGAGACGUCGAGUAAAGAAUCGAACUGUAGCGACGAAAUUAAUUUGCAUGUGGUUGGUAGCAAAGAGGUAGAAAAUGAAGAUCCACCAAUGGAAGAAAUAAGUGAAAAUGUUGAUGAAGAAGUUAAGAAAAUUGAACCUACGGAUGAUUGGCUAAAUACUAUUAAAAAUCAAACAGAGACUGAACCUUCGCAAGUAACAGAUGUCAUGGAACACAGUACUAUAACAUGCUCUUAGCAUAGGAUGGUAACGGCACUUUACUUAAUUUUUAUCAUGCAGAUUGAACUUUAAAUAAAUUUUUAUAUUUUAUUUAGAUAAAUUUAGUAAACCAAAA